CAAAUAAUUGCCAUUAUAAUGACUCAUAAAGGAGUGUGCUUAAAAAGACAAGCCCUAGCACAGACACAGCAUUCAGCUCCCCAAACCAGCAACCAUGACUUUCAACGGAAGCUGGAAAGUGGAGCAAAGUGAAAACUUCGCCAACUUUUUGGAACAGAUGGGUAUUAAUGUCGUGAAGAGGAAGCUGGCGGAACAUGAUAAUAUGAAAUUAAUAAUUGAGCAGACAGGUGACAAUUUCCACAUAAAGGAGUCCAGUACCUUCCGGAAGAAGGACUUCAAUUUCACUUUGGGAGUCCCGUUUGAGCAUGAGCUAGCAGAUGGAACAGUGAUCGAAGGCACAUGGGUCCUUGAGGGAAACACACUGAAAGGGAACUUCACACGGAAAGACAAUGGAAAAACGCUUCUGACCAACAGAGAAGUAACUGGGAACGAGCUUGUGCAGACUUACAGCUAUGAUGGAGUCACUGCAAAGAGGAUCUUCAAGAAAGUUUAGGCGUUUUAGGUGGACGAUGGCCACACUGCACCAGAAACUGCAGGACUACAGAGCGACUGCCUCAUUGAUGUGACCAUGCACUGCCUUCAUCCACGCAGGAGACAGACAAGGGCAUCUCCAUAUCAGCAGCAAAGCUCCUUCCACGUUUUUUUUAUCUCUAAGAGCAUUUACAUAAAAAUGAAAAAUAAAGACACUUCUGCCUAUAUUCAUUUGAUUUCAUUUCAAAUAUCAUGUGACUGAAAAAUAAAGACUCUUCACCUUCCAAAAA